GGGGUUGGAAUGGGAAGGAUUUUGGGGUUGGAAUGAGGAGGAUUUUUGGGGCUGGAACGAGGAGGAUUUUUGGGGCUGGAGCCGGGAUUUUGGGGUUGGAAAGAGCAUUUUGGGGUUGGACAUUCCUCCCCAAAGCUCCCGGUCCUGCUGCUGCUGGGCUGCCCGAGCUGGGCACAGCGGAGCCAUCGCGAUGUCCCCAAGUGUCCCCGGCGCUCGCUGCAAAGGGAAAGCAAAACCCCCCAAAAACCCCAAAAUUGCCCUCCCGGGGCCAUCCAAAGGAAUUCCCUCCGAGCUUUGGGGCUGCGAGCGCCGCAGCCCCGACGCGUCCUUGUCCCCUCUGCCACAGGGGCGGCCGGGGGUGCCAGCCCCCCCCGGAGGAGGAGGAGGAGGAGGAGGAGGAAGGAGCCGGGGCAGAGGAAGUCCCCGGCGGGCGCUCGCAGCCCCGAGGGGUCCCCGCUCCGCUCCGAGAUGUCCCCGCGCGGGGGUCGCCGCUGUCCCCCCGCGCUGCUGGCGCUGCUGCUGGGCCUGGCCGGGAGCCGAGGAUUCUCGGAAUGCGAAAAUCGAGAUGUGACCGUGGGAGGAUCGCUGUGCCUGGUGCCGGAGCAAACCCCGCCGAACUGGACAGAGAUCCACUGGAAAUGGGAAAUUAAUUCAGGAUCAUUCCAGAAGAUCCUGACAGCCCCCAGGGACGGAGAUGCCUCCUAUCCCAAAGGUCCUUUCCAUGGGAGAGUGAAAUUCCAUCGGGGGAACCUCUCCCUGUGCAUCUCCCCGGUUCACAGGGAUGAUAACGGGCUCUACUGGGCCGAGUUUGAGAGCAGCCCAGAGAGUUCAGCCCGGUGCUUCCGAGUGUCCGUGUGGGACCCCGUCCCGCAGCCGGAGCUGAGAUCCCAAAUCCUGGAGCGGGAGCGGGGCUGGUGCCGCCUGGCCCUGCUCUGCUCCAGCCCCGGGAACGUCUCCUACAGCUGGGCCUGUGCCGGGGCUGGCCCGGGGCCGAUCCCGGGGCCGAUCCCGGGGCCGAUCCCGGGGCCGAUCCCGGGGAGCCCCUCCCGGCUGCUCCGGAGCCUCCCCGAGGGCGCGGAACCCCAAAUCUGCCUCUGCAACGUCAGCAACCCCGCGGGGUGGAGCGCGGCCCGCGCCGCCCUCACCUGCCCAGCCAUUCCAGGGAAUUCCAGCCACUGGAGGCCGCUGGUCGUGGCCGUGGCCGAGGGGCUGACCCUGCUCCUCGUGGGCUUCGGCUGCUGGUGGAGGGAGAGUUCCCGGCAAGGAUGACGGGGGUCACGGGCGCUUCCCAAACCCCGCCGUCCACCAGCGCCCCCGAAACCCCGGAAUUCCCAUUCCCCGUGGAAUUCUCCUCCUGGAAACUCCAGCGGCCACUGGGAUCCAUGGAACAGGAAUAUCCAGAAAUUCGGGGUUUUUCCCCCCAAGAUUCAACCCCCAGCUGCGCCUUGGAGCGAAGAUUUGGGGAUGGAAAACUCCGGAAGGGAUGGAUUUGGGAUUGGGCCGGGGUGGGAAUUCUGUGGGGUUUUUAAGGGUUUGGAA